CUGCUGCUCCGGGUCCUCGUACGUACUUCCGUCGCUCUGACGCUCCCAGAAACCCGGGCAUCGGGAAGGAGCGCAAAUUCCCCCUCCUUUGCGCCUCACGAGGAAAAUCUGGAGCCGGGUUCAGCAGAGCACACCAGAGCGGGCACUGUCCCCGCGCCUAUACCCACAGCUGUCACUUGCGUGUGCUGGCGGGAGAGGGGACACGAGCUCCCUGGAGUCGUCCAGGAAGAUGCCUGGGUGUCGGGUACAUCUCCAGGCUGCUCUCCAGAGCUGCGGAAGAAAGCAGUCGGGAUAAUGCUCCCAAACUGCUGCCUGCCAACAUACUCCUGGUGCGCCUGCUGGAUGGCAUCCGCCAGAGGCCCCGCACGGGUGCCAGCCCGGGGAGCAGCCCACCUGCGCGCCCGGGCCCCAGUACGUUCCCGGCGCUCCCUGGAGGCGCGACCGGCAGUCCUCCGCGUUCUCCGGUCCUUCUUCCAGCGGCGACAGGCAGCUCUACCUCCGGUUUGUGCGACGUGGCGACUAACAGGAGCGUGCCAGUGGCUAAGAAUCUAUCCCAGCUUCCCUAUGGCAAGGCCCUCUACAGCUAUGAGGGAAAAGAACCUGGUGACCUCAAGUUCAACAAAGGGGACAUCAUCAUCCUGAGGCGCAAGGUAGAUGAGAACUGGUACCACGGGGAGCUGCAGGGCACUCACGGCUUCCUCCCAGCCAGCUACAUCCAGUGUGUCAGGCCCUUGCCACAGGCUCUGCCCCAAGGCAAAGCACUUUAUGACUUUGAGAUGAAGGACAGAGACCAGGACAAAGAUUGUCUGACCUUUACUAAGGAUGAAGUUUUAACUGUGAUCCGGAGAGUGGAUGAUAACUGGGCCGAAGGCAUGCUAGGAGACAAGGUCGGCAUUUUCCCACUCUUGUACGUGGAGCUCAACGACUCUGCCAAGCAACUCAUUGAGAUGGACAAGCUAUGCCCUGUCGCCGCCGCUGCCGCUGCAAGCAACUAUGAUGCCCUCUUGUCCUCUGACCCCAGCACAGUAGCCAGUGUGGCCUCAGGUCCCAUGCUCAGUAGCUCAGGAGCAGUCAGUGCCUUUCAACGACGUGUAGACAGCAAGAAGAAUGCCAAGAAGCGCCAUUCGUUCACCGCGCUCAGUGUGACGCACAAGUCCUCACAGGCUGCCAGCCACAGGCACUCCAUGGAAAUCAGUGCUCCGGUGCUGAUCAGCUCCAGUGAUCCACGUGCUGCAGCCAGGAUUGGGGAGCUUGCCCAUCUGGCCUGCCCUGUACCCACCCAGGACUCUUCAGCUGGACCUAUCCCCACUGCCAUCCCACGAGCUGCCGCGGUGGCUGGAGAACAGGGCAUGUCUCCCAAAGUCCAGCUGCCACUUAACGUGUACCUGGCUCUCUAUGCAUACAAGCCCCAGAAGAACGAUGAACUAGAGUUGCGCAAGGGUGAGAUGUACCGCGUGCUGGAGAAGUGCCAGGACGGCUGGUUCAAGGGGGCUUCACUAAAAACCGGGGUCUCAGGGGUGUUCCCCGGGAACUAUGUGACACCCGUCUCCAGGGUUCCUGGAGGAGGGGCUGGGUCACCCUGGAAUAAUGUACUCGGAGGGUCUCCACUGGCCAAGGGGAUGGCCACCAUUAUGCACCCUGGAGGUGGCAGUUUGAGCAGCCCAGCCACUGCCACCAGGCCUGUUCUGCCUCUCACCACACUGCAGGAUCAUAUGCAGCACCCAGCCACCUCCCUACCAAUGGGUGGCUGCCUUCGGCACACCGCUCAGCCAACAGCCAGCCAAGCCGGGGGUACCAUCAUCCCAACAGCUGCCCAUCCCUCAGCCCAGGCCCUGGACCGACCAACCGCCACCGUGUCGCCCCUGCGCACUCAGACGUCUCCAUCCCGCCUGCCCGCCACCAGCCUCCGACCCCGCUCCGUGGUGUCCCCACAGCACAGCCAGCAGCCCCCUACGACGCAGAUGUGUCCCCGGACAGCCAUUCCUUCCCCGUCAGCAGCAUCAGCCAUCACACCUCCCAAUGUCAGCGCUGCCAGCCUCAGUGGGGAGGCCGGAGGGACACCCAUCAGUGGCCUGUCCAUACCCAGCCCCAUCAACACAGGGUACAAGCCAGAUGACAAGAAAAAUGAAAAGAAGGAGAAGAAGAGCGGGCUGCUGAAGCUGCUAGCUGGGGCAUCUACCAAGAAGAAGUCGCGCUCCCCACCAUCUAUAUCUCCAACCCAUGACCCCCAGUCGGCCAUGGAUACCUCACUGCAGGGUGCCAUGGGCCCUGAAGUGUCCCCAUUGACCGUCCAUGGCAGGGCAGGCUCCUGCCCCAUAGAGAGCGAGAUGCAGGGAGCCGUUGGGCUGGAGCCACUGCACAGAAAAGCUGGCUCCUUGGAUCUGAAUUUCUCUUUGUCCCCUUCUCGGCAAGCAAAUCUGUCAAUGGCUUCCAUCCGCCCUGAACCGAAGCCACUGCCCAGAGAGAGGUAUCGGGUGGUGGUCUCCUACCCACCACAGAGUGAAGCAGAGAUUGAACUAAAGGAAGGUGAUAUUGUCUUCGUGCACAAGAAACAUGAAGAUGGCUGGUUCAAGGGGACUCUGCAGCGGAAUGGCCGCACGGGCCUCUUCCCAGGCAGCUUUGUGGAGAGCUUCUGAAGGCCGUUGCUCAUGUCCCGCUCUGCCAUCCGGGAGAGGGUACCCCAGAAAACACUCUGUGAGCAGAGGAAGCCUUACCACUUAGGUCCCAGGGCCUUUCUCAAGCACCUACCAGGAACAACUGGACUGGGGUGGUAACUCAGUCGUGAAGGCCAUGCUGAUUGAAAGCACACGUGGAUGUCGUCUUGGUUGUGAAGCCCAUACCCUCAUGUAAAGUCCUUAUUGAAAGCACACACGAGUGUCCUUCAAGACCAUGCCAUGAAUCUCAGUGAGCAGUGCAACAGAAAAAAGCUGCCCAUGUGGACAAAUGCACUACUAUGCCACCCAUCAGCUAAAGCAGUAUUAUCUGUCUGUGCAGGUUUGGGAGCCCAGGGGGGUACAGAGUAGGGCUGUGUACUAGGGCUGACAGCAAUGAAGAGUAACUUCCCUGGCUGCCCUGGGUAUCAUUCCUCUAUAUACCUCUGUCACCUGCCAUCAAGCCCCACAUCCAGGGCAUUCAUGGUUCAAGAGCCUCAUAUAAGGGCUGUGAGUCUCCCAAGGUGUCCAGUGGUGGGGGCAGGUCCUGUCGGGUACUGGAGAAUCCUUAUGGCUUUGUCUCCUACCAGGAUAAUAAGGAACACCUUUUGGUUUCACCACCAUCUCUGCAUUGCUUCCUUCUUAUGGCACCUUUUUAAUGUACAACUCUUAAACUUUCUAUAUUUCUAAUAGGUCAGACGCUGCAUAUUUUUCAUACAUCUGGUGCUGAUUUUUGUAAAACUAGAAAUCACUUGGGUAAGCUUCAAGGGGAAAAAAUGAGGUAACAUCAAAGGAAAGUUUUAUAUAUUUCCCAUAUGAAGUUUGGAGCAUAUUUAGGAAUUCCUAUCUGUGAUAACAAAACGUUGGCUGGUGCUCUAUGAGGUGAGUGAGAGAGUCUGCCAAGAUGGUCACGUGUCUUUCCUGGCUGUUGGAAAUAGCCUGAACUGCAUACUCCAUCUAGAUAGAAGUGAUUAUGAUUUAAAAAAAAAAGAAAGAAAUAUUUUGAGGAAUUUAUUCUGCCUUUUUGUGUGGCAGGAACACACACACACACACACACACACACACACACACACACACACACACACACACUCUGACCCUUAAGCUUCCUUUGAUCGAUUUAGAGAGAAUGACUAAAAAUAGCAUUCUUAAAGCACAUUUUCCUGCCAAAAUACAGCUUUUACAACAGCUUAGACCACUACCUUGCAAAGGUUUUAUUUUCCCCCCUCCAUUUCAAACUAAAGUAACUUUCUGUAUCAGGCCAGGCAAAAUUCCAUCUGCUAGAGGCCAAAGGUACAAUGCUAACACGGGCCUGGUACAUGACUACAGACUAAUAGGACCCAGAAACACUGGAAAUGAAAUGGGAUGGUUUCUUUGGCCCUGAGGCCUUUGUUCACUAGAGCAACAACUUGCUUCCCAAGAGGUUGGCCUGAAUGACUAUCAAGAGGUGUCAGUGUCACACUUUAGGAACACAUUUUUUUUUUUCAUCUCAAAAGUAUCAAUUUGUGAGCCUUUGUCUACAUUUUACCAAACCACCCAGACCUGUGUCAAGCCUUUGAUAGCAGAGGCUAUUACUAGUUUUCAUAAUAAAAUAAGACCACUUAUUCUCAAAGUUCCUAUUUGGGGAUAUGAUUUAACUAGUUGUGACUGCCAGGUGGCUGGCACAUGGAAGCAAUGAUGCCUAGAGAAAGUCUUCCUCUAUGGUAAUAAACUUAUUGGAUAAGAAUAUUAGAGAAAGUCUUCCUCUAUGGUAAUAGACUUAUUGGGUAAGAAUAUUAGACAUGAGAAAACUGUUCUGAGCCAAAGAGAAACUCUAGCUUAGACCUAGGGAUCCCUGUGUGCAGGGUUAGUGACAACCAGAAGGUAUCUAGUCACUGCCACUGCUAGAUGACUUGCCCAUCCAUGCACAAAAAGCUAUGUAUGGUUAAAUCCAUGCUGUCCCUGAGGAGGUACACCGAGCUACAUCCUGAGAGAGACAUGUUUUCUGUGGAGCCAGAACUAACUCCAGUUUCCAGACAAUAAAAGUCCCGUUUUUCCUCCUCAACAAGAUGGACUUGGAGGCAACAGAACAGACAUCUUUGACCUGUCCUCCUUUCUUAUGCUGGCUACCUUCAUGGUGGCAAGGAGGUAGCAGCCUGAUAGAAGCUGAGCAAAGUAUCAAGGCGUCUUUGGAAAACAUCAGCUGGACCCUCUCCUAACAAAGUCAUGGGUUUACACAACAACUACCUUGGGGAGAAAAACAGGGCCCUAGGGCUCAUUUCCAGGUGAGGCUUUUCAAAUACACAGUGAGCCCCAUUGGGUAUUUUGAAUACUUUAGCUUUUCAAACCUUUAGCUUUCAAAAUCAUGUAUUCCACAGUCAAGAACAGAAAAGAAGUACCUUUCCCGAGGUCAUCUGCCCUUGAGGACACAUGUCUUCGAUACCAAAAUGAUGCCAGCACCCAAUCUAGAAUCUUCACAUUCCAUCCUGGCCAAAUACAGUAGUAUUUGGUGGCCAGGUGAUUUUUCCUUGAAUAGUUCUCAGCUCUUCAGAUUGAGGGUUACCAAGAAGACAGGAAAGUCUGAGAAACAAGAUAGUCUGCAGUGGGGCAUGAAUACAAGGCUGAGCACUAAAGUGGACUUGGAAACCCUUGUACUUUACACAACACACAUACACACAAACGUGCAAGCACGUGUCCCCAACCCCACAUAGGUUUCUAUUAUAUACCAAUGUCAGUAUGUAAUUUUGGAUGAAUUGACAGUAGUGGCAAACUAUGAUGCCUGUGUUUCUGAGUCUUUAAAUAAAAAAUGACCAUGGA